CGGUUUCUUUUUCAAUCGCUGGGAGCCUAGUGCACGCUGCGCGUGGUGACCAGAAAUCGUCUUUAUAAGUUUUCGCGAGCAGAGAAACUGUUGUGAAAUUAUUCAGAAUGCCCAAAGCUGGAAAGAAAGCAGCACAAGCUCAGAAAAAUGAGAAGCCAACCAAGGCAAACGAGAAAAAGAAGGAGGAACCUGCGGUAGAAGAGAAGACGGAAGCUGUUGUAGAAAAGAAAGAUGCUCCUGUCGAAAAGAAAGAAGGUCCUGUCGAAAAGAAGAAGGAGGUUGUUGUUGAAGAUGCUUCCGACUCUGGCACCGACACCGGCAGUGAGGACACCGGUGCUGAAGACGAUAAGACCGCCGAGGGAACCGAAGACGCUACUGGGGUUGCCAAGCAGUCCCGCUAUGAGAAGAAGGCACGCAAACUCAUGUCGAAGCUCGGUCUCAAGCAAAUCGUGGGCGUCCGCCGCGUGAGCAUCCGCAAAUCCAAAAACAUUCAGUUCGUUAUCGCGAAACCCGACGUAUACAAGAGCCCGAACUCCGACACCUACAUCGUCUUCGGUGAAGCCAAGAUCGAAGAUCUGAGCCAGCAAGCACAGAUGGCUGCCGCUGAGAAAUUCAAGGCUGCUACCGCGGCUGCCGAAGGCUCGUUCCUCGCCGGUGCAGGAAAGACCUUACCGACCAUGGCCGAAGAGGAUGAAGACGAUGAGGACUUCGCCACCGCUGGACUCAGCGAAAACGACAUCGACAUCGUCGCCGAUCAAGCAACAGUAUCGAGGGCGAAAGCAGCCAAAGCGCUCCGAAAGCACAAGGGUGACAUGGUUAAUGCCAUUAUGGAACUCACACUAUAAGUUUAAUAAAAGUGCUUCACUUUGCUA